AUGAACCAAAACCUCAAGGAUCAGCCAUUGCCGCUGAGCAUUCACCGGAGCGGCAGCCGAAUGGGUGAACUAUUGGUGGCCGACACCCUCGUUGCUGCAGGCUCAGCAACACUUAUUACGCCCGCCGUGAUGAUUUUUGAUCGGCUUGUCGUUGAAAAAUCAUUCUACAACCAACCCAUGUUCCCUGCAUUCCGUCGACAUCUCUGGUUCUCUAUCACACAACCUGCGACCUUUUUGACCUCUCGCCCUAGUCUCCUGGUCUGGUCUCUCUAUACCGCUACCUUUGCCACCGCCAACAUGUCCGAGACCUUGCUGAGCAAGGUCUAUCCCCAUAUCGACCACGCCAUUUCUGGCAUGACCACCUUUGCAUCUACUUUCGUGGUGAACUCAUCCGUGGGCAUCUGGAAAGAUGUGAAAUUCGCCCAGCUGUUUGGCCACAAGAACAAUAAUAAUACCAUACCGUCAUCAUCACCGUCAUCAUCACCGUCACCGUCAUCGUCACCGUCAUCGUCACCAUCAGUAUCUACUUCAGCCGACGCUGCGCCCAAGGCGAAACCCCAGUCCGCUUCCCCAAAAACCGCUCGAUCUAUCGGCCGCACCAGAAUUCCCCUGGCCACAUACUCCGCCUUCCUGCUUCGUGACGGAUUGACCAUCUUCGGCUCCUUCAGUCUACCUGCCAUGGUCUCCGCCACCAUUCCGGACUCCGUGGCCUCCCAAGAAUAUCUCAAAAUUCUGAUUGCCCAGCUGGCCAUUCCCGCUUCCAUCCAGCUCAUCAGCACUCCCAUCCACCUAUUUGGCCUAGAUCUCUAUAAUCGACCGCAGGUUAUGCCAAUGAAAGACCGCUUCUCACGUAUCAGCCGUGAUUGGAUCGGUGCGUCACUCUUGCGAAUGUGUCGCAUCAUCCCCGCCUUUGGAAUCGGCGGCUUUCUCAAUACGGAAGGACGCCUCUAUUUACAUGACCAGUUGGAUGAACGGCGCACUUCGUCAUGA